AGCUGAUCGGCGGUAUUUGCUUUCUAAAAGCUCGUUCGUUCUAUAAAGCCUAUCGUUGUUCACUGCUUGCCGGCUUGUGAACCUGUCUUUUCGUUUUGUUGCUGCAGAAGCGAAAUCUAAGAUAUGGCCACGUAUACUGAUGGCACACCGGUGCCAGAGGAUGGCAAAUACCAUGUUGACCCGGCCAAUCCAAUGGUCAAGGUUAGAUACCUUGAGCCUUGGUAUCCUCCUGGUGUGACAGAGUUCUUCUCCGGCGGAAAUACUGCACGUCUAGGGCUCCUUCCAGACGGAACUGUGCUCAAAUACGUACGCGACAGGGAAGACCGCGUUGCGCUUAACAGUCUCAAUGUCGAACACUCUAUUCUUUCAGCGCUAGGGCAGCACGACAGAAUCGUCAACUACCUGGGCAAACAUGAACACGGAAUCCUUCUUCAACGGGCCCUCAAUGGCGAUAUCUGUAGCUAUAUAUCGAAACAUGAACACGAUAACAUUUCUCUACAACUUCGGCAAAAGUGGAUGACGCAAGCGGCGGAGGCGCUCGCAUUCAUCCACUCGAAAGGCGUUAUCCACUGCGACAUCCACCCAAACAAUUUCCUCCUGGACGAACAGCUUAACGUCCAACUCUGCGAUUUUGCUGGAUCGUUAUUCGGAAGCUUAGACGGCGGAGCUAUGGAAAGCACACGGUUCUUCCUCCCAAGAGACUGGCGGGACCCUCCUAAUAUAAAGACUGACCUUUUUGCGUUUGGUUCGGUUAUGUACUAUAUCAUGACUAGCCGCGAGCCAUAUGUGGACCUGUCAGAUGAUGAGGCUACGGCAAAAUUUGAACGGAAGGAAUUUCCGCAUGUCGAGGGAUUCAAAUGCGGGAGUGUGAUCAAGGGCUGCUGGACAGGAGACUUCAGGGAUGCAGAAGAUGUGCUGAAAGCUAUCCUGGAGGAGAGUCUUGCGGAGAACUAGACCUUUCCGCACCGCUAGGGACGGGAGCUUUUAUUACACUAACCCGGAUGGAAGCACUAUUGGAAUGACGGAAAGUCGAGAUUGAACC